CUCCCGGAACUGGGGCUGGCGCCGCCGCGGCUGCCUCAGGAAAGGGGGAGGACGGAAAGGGGGCGGGGUGCGAGAGGGUGGCUGGGUGGGGGAUGAGCGCGGUGCACGGCGGGGGCGCGCAGACGCUGCGGACCCCGGGUCGCCAUGGUUACGCCGUGGAGUUCUCCCCCUACCUGCCCGGGCGCCUGGCGUGCGCCGCCUCCCAGCACUACGGGAUCGCGGGCUGUGGAACACUCAUUGUACUACAACAAAACGAAGCUGGGAUCGGACGCUUUAGAAGUUUUGACUGGAAUGAUGGCCUGUUUGAUGUGACGUGGAGUGAGAAUAAUGAACAUGUACUAAUCACAUGCAGUGGAGAUGGGUCUCUGCAGCUCUGGGAUACUGCAGAAGCCGCCGGCCCUUUGCAGGUGUUUAAAGAGCACACACAGGAGGUUUAUAGUGUUGAUUGGAGCCAAACCAGAGGUGAGCAGCUCGUGGUGUCUGGCUCAUGGGAUCAAACAGCCAAACUGUGGGAUCCAGCUGUUGGAAAGUCACUAUGUACUUUUAGAGGCCAUGAAGGUGUCAUUUAUAGCACAAUCUGGUCACCCCACAUCCCUGGUUGUUUUGCUUCAACCUCAGGGGAUCAGACUCUAAGAGUUUGGGAUGUGAAGACGUCAGGAGUCAAAAUUGUGAUUCCAGCUCAUCAAGCAGAAAUUUUAAGCUGUGACUGGUGCAAAUACAAUGAGAAUUUGCUGGUAACGGGUGCAGUCGAUUGUAGUUUAAGAGGCUGGGACUUAAGAAACAUACGUCAACCAGUAUUUGAACUUCUUGGUCAUACCUAUGCUAUUAGGAGGGUGAAAUUUUCGCCAUUUCAUGCUUCUUUGUUGGCCUCUUGCUCCUAUGAUUUUACAGUGAGAUUCUGGAAUUUUUCGAAUCCCGAUCCUCUCCUAGAAACAGUGGAGCAUCAUACAGAGUUUACGUGUGGGCUAGAUUUAAGUCUAUAUAACCCUACUCAGGUAGCUGACUGUGCUUGGGAUGAAACUGUGAAAAUCUAUAACCCAGCUUGUCUUAUGAACCCACCUUAGCAAGCGCUCUCCUGCUGAAAUGUAGGCUAAGAAACUGUCCAAUACAAAAUAAAUUAAUUAUUGAUAACAUUUUGACAUAAUUCUUUAUAUUGUUAGGAUUUUAAACUUUAUAAAUGAUUCGUAAUUAAUUGAGGAAAGUAAAUAGAAACUUUGGUUAGUUAUUUGAAUCCAUUGUGUGCAUUAAAUUUCCUACAUUUAAGAAUUUGGUGUGUUUCCUACAUGGAUUAUGGUGUUCCUUACAACAUAUGCUAAGAUCUAAUCUCUGUAUUGGAGAAGUCAUUUGGUUGAAUCGAAAGUGAUACAUUUUAUUUUUAUGUCACAAUUUUCAUGUAAAAUGACUAAUGCUAUUGAUAAUAAAUAUCCCAAUAAAUUGCUUCUCUUAACUACUACUAUGAUGACAGAAAAA